AUGGCGGAUGGCAUAAAUGGACCAAUGAUUAUCCAUUCGCCACGCGAUCCACUCAAAAGAUCAGUCGAUUUCGAUCAUGAUGUGGUGCUAAUGCUGACGGACUGGUAUCACAACACUUCGAGUGAUAUCGUUCACGAGUUGCUUAGCGAAGCAGGCCACAUCGGCACUCCAGCUGCUCCCGGCGCAAACUCUGCACUGAUCAACGGAGUCGGCGAAUGGAAUUGCUCCCUAGCCACUACUUCUCAACAAUGCAAACAAGUCUCAUCUCCUCCCGAAUUCACAGUCACAGCCGGCCAAAGGAUCAGGUUCCGCCUGAUCAACUCAGGCGUUCAUGCUAUGUUUUUCUAUUCAGUCGAUGAACAUAUGUUGAACAUAACAGAGGCUGAUAGCACGCCAAUAUAUGGACCUUCUGACUUUCGGCAUAUUUGGCUUCACAAUGGACAACGAUAUUCAGUGAUAGUCCAAACGAAGAAAGAAGAUGCUGGUAGGAGCUUCCACAUGAGAGCUACAAUGGACUCGGACUGCUGGGCCUGGAUACCGAACGACAUUCAAGACACUGCUUUUGGAAUUCUCAGAGUAGUGAAUGAGGAUACUAAACCUGAGAAGAUUUCCAAAGCUCGACCAAAGACGCGUGGAUGGCCGCAGGAAUUCCCCGAAGAAUGCCUUGACAUCGAUCCCAGAAUGAUGGUUCCAAUCGUGAAGCGCAGUGUCCCAACUUCGGUAGUCGGUUCGGGGCGCUUUGAGGCCGGCUUUGGGUUUCAAUUCAUCAACAAUCCUCAGGAACACCUCACACGGAACGACGCAGUGAAGAUCGCCAAAGCAUUGAAUCUUGACUGGACCCGAGACCGGAACCUUCGAGAGAAAAAGAAAUUCCUGUCCGAAAGCCAUCGAACCAGCUCCCGCUGGGGCGGAAAUGAUGUCGACAGCAGCGAAGAUACCCAUGACAGUCAGCAAGAAUCACAUUCACUCAAUGCUGACUCGAGGAAAAGGCAACUCAACAUCCGUCGCCAAAGUCCGCCGCCCUUUGGAGGUAGAAAAAAUUCCACAGGGGUUACCAGGCUGGCGGGACCCCCUCCAACCCCGGCAGGGACGAUCGGCAAAUAUUUCAUGAAUAAUAUCUCUUGGGCCAAGAUUCCUCACUGA